UUUUUGCCCAACAGAUGUGCAAAAUAAUCCUUCCAGGCAUGGAAAACAGGAGAAAAGGCGUGAUCGUAAACAUUGCAUCCGGAAUUGCCUCCAUUCCCUUUCCUAUGUAUUCGCUGUACGCUGCAUCUAAAAUAUUUGUGGAGAGAUUUUCUCAAGGUCUUCACGCAGAAUACAAAGACAAAGGCAUUAUUAUACAGGCAGUCACGCCCUUCGGCGUCUCCACUCGCAUGGUGGGCUACCAGCAAACGAACGCGACCAUGUUGGCCCCACAAGAUUUUGUGACGAGCUCGCUGCAGUAUAUCAGAGCUGGGGACAAAACGUACGGCAGCCUCUGUCACAUGUUCCUGGGCUGGUUACUGCACACUAUCCCACUCAAGAUUCUCCACACAGAGUUUAUGCUACAAGGUCUAAAGGAGUACGUGGAGAGAAAACAAGCAGAAAAGAGUUCCAGCUCUGUUGUAAAGGAAGCUUAAAGGAGAGGGAGUACAAGAACCGUGCCAAGUUAUUGCAACUUCCGGAAGGUCAGCACACUAAGUCACUUGUAUGAUUUGUUUGGCACAGUUUUUACGCAGGAUGCCCUUCCUGACACACCCUUCCCAUUUUUUUUUUUGGGGCCUGGGCUUGGGACCUGGAAAUCGUGUAAAGUGAAUUAAACAAUUCUGGUUAAUAUGGUGAACCCCUGAAUAAUGAAAAUCCACAAGAAACUGAUGCCUUGUUAUCGCCUACAUGGAGUGGGGGAGAUGUUGGAAUGUUUGAAGUUGUAACGUGUCAUGCAAUAUUUAAUAAGACCACUAGAGGUUGCAAAAAGGCAAGACUUUGAAUGACACAUGUUGGAAAUCAGGACAGAACUCGUUCUUAGAAUUUCUCGGAGAUGUUUUAGAUCCCGUGACCCCGGACGGGAUAAACGGUUCAGAUAAUGACUGGACGGAUGUUUUAAGUCUGGGACCUCUCAGAAGAAAAAAAUCUUGAUUUGCUCUUGGUUGUUGAAGACAAGAAAAACAUUGUCAUGGAUUCAUGCAAAUUUGGUCAGACGGUGUUGAAUUGGUUAGCGCCAACAAAAGCAAACAUGUAACUCAAGUAAUGAUGCUUAAUAUUGAUACCGUCAACCAGGUAUUUAAUUUCACACUGUUUAUUAUAUUAAUGGUUUUAUUUUGUAGUGGUGUAUUAGUUUCAUAGAUGAUCAUAUACCUUUGUGGCUGAAAUAUGUUUUUCACUUUCGGCAAAGCAGCUGAUAUAGAAAUAGUAUCAUUCUUUUUAUGAUUCACAGUGGAUGUGUUUGUAACUGCGCGAGAGGUCACCAGUAGUUUUGAUAAACAACUUUUAUGUUACUGUAGAUGUUAUAGACUAGUAACUUUUAACCACUGCAUGAGAAAUCAUCAAACUUUGGAAAGUAUUUUUUUUUUUUUUUUAACCCAUCAACCUAUGCCAGCAACAUAUAGUGACUGGCAGAACAAAAUUGUUCAAACAGGCCCAGAGUUCACAAGUACAAUUGUGAGUAAACUGAGAUGAGAGAUUAUUUCAGUAUUGUAUGUAUGCUUUUGGGAAAGUUCCAUUUGUUUGUUUGCCAUGAGAUUUUUCUAAUGUAAUGUGCCUUGGCUCAAUAAAGUUCA